AUUUAAAAUCCAUUAAUCCAAUAGCAAAAAAAAAAAAAAUCUCAUCACGUCAUUUAUGAACGUCGAACACAAUCGAAUGUUAGAAGCGCAUGAAUGCAAGCAAAGAAAAAAAGAGCCACUGCUUUUCUCAAAAAUCCCACACACUGUGUGUGUUGUGUUGUUGUCGUCGUCGUCGAUUGGAUUUUUUUCUUUUAAUUUGGUGUUGCGUUUUUCAUUUGCUCCAUCUUUUUUACCAUCAUUUUUUCAUCAUCAUCGUUAUUCUUGUAAGUUUCUUCUAUAGUGUGUGUUUUGUAUUUUACAUCGUUAUAAUUGAACGAUUUGGAUAUUGUUGUUUUUUUUUGUGAUGAACACACAACGAAAGAGAAAGUUUUUUGUUUGAAGAAAAAAAUUGUUGCUAUUUUAUUAAGUAAAAAUAUGUUUGAUGAGUAGCAUAUAACACACACACACACAAAACAAACAUCGGUAAAAAAAACAUCAUACACAUUCAUUAAAAGCGUGUAAUAAUAAUAUACGCGUAUUAAAUUCAAUUGAAAUUUCUUAUACCGUAAAUGAUGAUAAUUAUGAUGAUCAUCACAUAAGUUUCAUCUCCUUAUGGUUUACAUAUGUGUUUGCCGUGGCGGUAUUAUUUGUAUGAGUAACUGAAAUUUUAUGUUCGUCUUUUUUUUUCUUCCACAUACAGCACACAUAUUGAGUGAAUAAAUGAAUGAAUGAGUGAGUGAGUAAGUGAGUGAGCGAAUGAAAACGAUAACAAACAAACAAUCACAUCAUUUUUUUGUGAAUCACAUUUAAAUAAUUAAAAAAACUCGAUCGAUCGAUGUUUGAUUUUGUUAUUCAUUGUGUUUGUGAGUUUAUAUCUUCAAAUUUUAUCUUAUAGAAUUUUGUUUCUUUAAAUUCUUGAAUUUUGUGUCUCUCCCCUUGCCCCCACAUACAACAAUCAAUUUUUAUUUCACUGCCCAUUUUUUUGACAAGAAAACACUAAUCAAUUAAGAAAAUUUAUUUCAAACAAAAUACAAUACAUGAACAUUAACACAACGACGAAAACAUAAAUGUGAUUUUUGUUUUGUAUUUUGUGCGACAAGAAAAGAAGAUAUAUAAUAGAAUUAUAAUUUUUGAUUAAUAAUACGAUAACCAACCAAUCGAUAGAAAUAACAAUGUCUCAUCAUCAAGGCGUUACUUGUGAUACGUGCCUUAAACAGAAUUUUCGAGGAAAACGAUAUAAAUGUUUAAUCUGUUUGGAUUAUGAUCUUUGUUCAUCUUGUUAUGAAACACGUACAUCAUUUGGAAGUCAUAAUAGUAAUCAUCCAAUGCAAUGUAUUCUUACCCGAAGUGAUUUAGAUUUAUUUUUCGCCGGCGAAAAUCUAACCAAUGAUCAACCAUAUUCAUUUACAUGUCCAAUUUGUGGCCGAUUAGGCUUUACUAAUGCAACACUUUAUGAACAUGUAAAUAUUAUUCAUAGUGAUAAUUCAAUCCAAGUGGUCUGCCCAAUUUGUGCCACAUUGCCGAAUGGUGAACCGAAUCAAGUGACCGAUGAUUUUCUUAGUCAUCUUAAUCUGGAACAUCGUACAAAUAAUAAUAAUCAAAAUCGUGAAUUGGAAGAGCCUCAAACUGUUCGAACCAGACAGCGUCAUGUACGGAUGGCUAGCAAUCGGAAUAGGAGGAAUACUCAGUUAUUCCAUUCUACACCUUCUGGUGGUGGAAACGGUAGUUCAGUACAAACAUUGGGUGUUAACCUUAGUAAUAGAAACGAUGCAUUGGAUCCAAUCGCUCAGCUUCUAUCACAAUUAUCGGAUGUUCGACGAGUGAAUUCAGCUGCAUCAUCAUCGUCUUCAUCAUCUGGACAGAAUCAUUUUCCUUUCGAACGUCAUUAUGAUCGAACAUCAUUGCAACGAAUGUUUCGUCAACGACGACAGAUGCCACCGACACAUUUUUCAACGUUAGCAUCUUCAACUGGUGGCAAUAGUGAUCCAUCAUCGUUGGCCAUCCAUUCGAAUCAAUCAUUGCCUUAUGUAUUAUUGGAUUCAGCUGUACCUAGUCCUUUGACAACAAACACUUCGUUCAAUCCUGCAGCCAAUUCAUCGUCUUCAGUGAACACAAAUUUUCUUCUAAAUUCUGCUUUAUUUUCAUCAUCCUUGGCGUCGGAAACUGAUUCAAAGAAAGUUGAGUCACUUAAUGCUGAUCGAAGUAUAUUUGUACAGGAAUUGAUAUUUACUUUCCUGUCAUCUUCAGUGGCCAAUUUGCAGCCUGAACAAUUUAUCCGGUCUAAAUCUACACCUCCAUCGAUACAAUCUUCUGUCGAAGAAAUUUGUCGGACUACAGAAUCAGGACAAUCCAUUAAUAAUGAAUCAUCGAUGAUAAACAAAAUUAACAACACGAGCCAACAACCAUUGCAGAUGGCUCAACAACAAUUACAAACAGCCAAUUCCAGCAACCAACAAGAAUCUAAUCAACAACCGCAUAUAAUUUCUAUUCAACAGCACUCUGAUGACAAUGUUAUGAAAACAAGCGAUCAAAAUGGUCAUAAAAAUGAUAACAAAAUGAAAAUUGAAACGAUAAUAUCCGUGAAUAAUAAUGGUCACAAUACUGCUCCUAAUCCUCCUGUACCUCCAAUUUCAUCAAAUGGCAGCAGAAAUAAUGAAUCGAAUGAGAUUAAUAGUCAACAACGACAAAAACCAAUGCCACUUUUGAUGCAGCCAACAACCAAUGGGACAGGUGUUGGAACAGCUUCAUUUCUUGGUACAUCACCUGUACUACCAUCUUCAACGGCAAUGAAUAAUGUAAAUCACCGAUUGAACAAAGUAAACAAAGUGAGAUCAUCACCAGCAAUUGUUCAUCAUUCAACUGGUAUACGGCAUUCGAGCUUGCAUUCAACAGUAACUGGUGGUUCUGUAGUUAGCCAUGGAAAUCUAGUUGUAUCACCUAAUGGUGGCCGUAGGAAAAUUUUACGGCCACAGCCACAACCUACUGAACCACCUCCUCAUUAUGAAUAAUUAAAAUAAUAAUAAGAAAAUGAAAUUAUGAUGAUUAUAAAUUAUUGAAUUAUGAUAAAAACUAAUAACAAAUGAUUUGAAAUUCACUCAUAUAUCUAUGUAUCACUCCCUUUUUCUUUUUGAUGAGAAUCAUCAACACCUUUACACACAAA